AUGAGAGGCAAAAAGGAAAAUGAAUAUGUAGAUUUAAAUGAAUACGUGGAUGUUAUAAUACAAAAAGAAGAAAAACUAAAAAAACCGAAGCGCAAAAGAGGAAUGAAGGACAUUCUCGCAAAAAUGACCUCAGAAGAAUAUGAAACCUAUCUGGUCCAACCUGCUGCAUCUGAUAAACCAUUAAAGUGUGGGAAAUGCUCAUUAUCGUUUCCAAACAACGUUGAACUGGGUUUUCAUUCAAUAAAACACAAUGACAAAGGACUUUAUGAAUGUCAUGUAUGUGUAGAAUAUGCACACCAAAACAAACAAGCUUUUGAUAUUCAUAUAAGGGAACACGAAGGCAUUAAAAAAUACAAGUGCCCUAUAUGCAAUAAGCAGUUCACUACCAUAAGACCAGCAUAUGAGCAUCAGUAUUUUCACGGAAAAGAAAAACCGUUCACAUGUGAUAUAUGUGGACAGAAAUUCCGUACUUCAGUUGCAGCGAGAAAUCAUAAAACCGAGGUUCAUUAUGAAAUGCUGACUGGGCAAAAAUUCGAAAAAUUCGACUGUAAAAUAUGCAACAAACAUUACGCAAAUCGAUCUGGGUUGGAUCACCAUAACUUCAGGCACCACAAAGAACUUUGCAAGCAAAUGCCAGCCUUAUGUGAUAUCUGUGGUAAAGAUUUCUCAACAAAAGCCCAGCUCAGGAACCACAAACGAACGCACUCAAAAGAGUCUGCUUAUUCAUGCGAUGUGUGUUCUAAGAAGUUUACCCAACUUGCAGGCCUAAAACAACAUCAAUCGGUGCAUACGGGAGAGAAGAAGUACGCUUGUAGCUACUGCGGGAAGAGAUUCGCGUAUUUUUCUGGAUAUAAUUAUCAUUUAAAGUUACAUACUGGCGAGAAGCCGUUUUCUUGCAUUAUUUGUGGCAAAAAAUAUAUCGCCCCUGGGAAUUUAAGGAUACAUAUGGCCAAUCACCAUAGCUCCCAAGUUCUUAAAAGUUAG